AUGCAAAAGUUCGACUUUCCUCUUGCAUCUCUACUUAUGUGCAGUGGAUUUUUCAUCAUGUAUCUCGUAGAAGAGUUGGUGCACAUGUACCUAGACCACAGAGAGAAGAGCAACGGUUCAGUGGCACCUUUGGUUCGAAACCUCAGUAUUAGGAGGAGCAACAGGACUGAAGAAAAAGGCGUACAGAGUGUCACCAAUUCUACAUCAGAUCUCAUUGACCCCUCAUCUAUUACUAAGGGAAAGGACAUCGAAGUCAACAACGCUGACCACAGUCAUGGGCAUAGCCACGCUAAUGGACAUAGUCAUAUGCCCAUCAACGAUGUGGAUAGCGUAACGGCUGCCCUCCGUGGACUUCUGAUUGUACUUGCCCUAUCUAUACAUGAACUGUUUGAAGGCCUUGCCGUAGGCUUGGAAUCCAGCACAUCAAAUGUAUGGUAUAUGCUUGGAGCGAUUUCUGCACACAAACUUGUCAUAGCCUUUUGCAUUGGUGUAGAGUUAAUUGCAACUCGUACCAAGACAUAUUUGGCCAUCAUUUACAUCACCACAUUUGCCAUAGUUUCUCCACUUGGUAUUGGAAUUGGUAUACUACUGGUUGGGGGAGAGGGAGCCACUGCAGCAGGUUCCUAUUCCGUCAUACUACAAGGCCUGGCCUCUGGAACCUUGUUAUAUGUUAUUUUCUUCGAAAUCUGGAAGAGCGACAGAUCUGGAAUUUUGCAAUACGUUGCUGCAUUGUUCGGCUUCGGUUUGAUGUUUGGAUUGCAGUUAAUAACUCCUCACACUCAUUCUCAUGGUGGAGAUGGACACGACCACUCCUCCAAUGAAAACGGAACAGACCAUGGACAUUCACAUGAUUAA